UCCAAUGUUGUGAAUUGUGAUAAAACUUAAAAAAGCAAUAUAUGUCCUCUUCUUCUUCUUCUUCUUCUUCUUCUUCUUCUUCCUUCAGAGAAAACUUGAAGAUUCCAAGAAAAUGCCGGUAACAUCAUCUCCAUUUUCAUACAUAAAAAUCCCAAAACCACCCGUUUCUUCCUCUUGCACUUCAAUGAGAUUCUGUGCAACCAGGCCCAUCAUAUUUACAGUAAGGAGCUCUCAGGCUGAAGGCCCUUUCAGAAGACCCGUGGCUCCUUCUCCUCCUACGCCUGUAAAGCCCGUCCCACCCUCUCCGCCGAGCUCUCCUCCCAAGCCGGCGGCGGUGGCGGCGGUGGAGGACAAGACUGUAAUUACUCUCGAGUUCCAGAGGCAAAAGGCUAAGGAGCUGCAAGAGUAUUUCAAGCAGAAGAAGGCUGAAGAAGCCAAUCAAGGCCCUUUCUUUGGUUUUAUUGGCAAGAAUGAAAUUUCCAAUGGCAGAUGGGCAAUGUUUGGAUUUGCUGUUGGAAUGUUAACAGAGUAUGCCACAGGCUCUGACUUUGUUGAUCAAGUUAAGAUUCUUCUCUCAAAUUUUGGAAUACUAGACUUGGAAUGAUGAGGUUGUCUGGUCUCCAAGCUGAAUGUUGUGUCUUUCUGUAAUGUAUGUGCAUGGCUUCCUGUAUUCUAUAUUUUAGUUAAUUCAGUUGUAGUAAACUGUGCCUUACCACAAACUUUUUAACUCUUGAAAACGUACAGAAACUCCAUUCCUUUUUCACAUACUGAGGCUGAUCAAUUGUCAGUUCUAAUGCACACAUUUACUCCUCUUGUUUGGUUUA